UCCUUGGCCUAAAUAAGGUUAAGAAGAGUGUGCUUGAUCUAGCAGGAAUUUGCAUUGGACAAUUACCACACGUUGGAACGAGUAAACUAGAAUUUAGCUUAACCUAACGACUUGAUUAAGUUUUUAAUCAUCCAUAGAAAACACAUUCAACAAUAUUUUAUACUUUUUCCGUCAUUUUUGGUUUAACUUAAGAUGCUUAAGUAGCUAUUGAUUAAGAUUAAAUAAAAUCAUUUUAAUAACAACAGACACCGAUUAGAGAAACCUAUUGUUCACAAUUCCAGUAUUCUGAUGGUAGUGUUAAAAAUAUCAAAAGUAGUUUCGGUGACGUUGAAACAAUUUAUAGGAGGGACUCUACCUUAACUUGCCUACGAAAUUUUCAAGCAAUUAUUACACGAAACUUAACCUUUCUUGCUUUGAAAAUGUGUUUUUAUUGGUACUGAAAGAGAAAAACAAUUAGUCCAAAAUAGUUUUUUAGACAACUUUAAAGCUUCUGAUGACGUUACAGGGAAGGUGGUGACGGAUACAUCAAUAGUUACAUCUGACCUCUCAGCCACUUCCGCCACCCUCCACCUUGGAAUAAUUCUUAAAUAUUUCAGAAGGAUUUUUCCGCUUUCUACCAGAAAGUACGUUAUGCGCAUGCUAUUCCAGCUCUUUAUUUUAAUGUCAAUUAGUCAGGCUUUAUUAAGUUUCUAUGAGCAUUUUACGAAGGCAGUUUGAUGCCAAAACGUCAUAGACCAAAAUUGCAGUUUCUUAAAGAGUUUGAAAAGUAUUAAUGUUCUGAGCCUGACUGUCAACAAAUUAUUUUAAAAGAGUUUUUGGAAUAAACUUUAUAACACAUUAAUCAUGCCCGAUUCGAAACGUUUGCAUUGGUUAUGUAGUGUACCCUUUGGUAUCACACUCGUCGCAAUCGGUUUAAUUGGUAAUAUUAUAUGCUUUUUUGUUUGGAAUCGAAUACUAAAAUGGAGACUACGAGGAAACCACUCAACUGCGAUAUAUUUCAUUGCGUUGAGUGUAUGUGAUAGUGCCGUGUUAUUGUUCUUCCUUCUGACGGAUACAAUCAAAUCUAAUCAUCCAGAAAUUGCGAAGACCUACUCAUAUGCUGUAUUUUAUUCCUGGUUUGGUUUCCCAUUGUUUACCAUCUUCUUGGUAACAAGCGUGUGGUUGGUAGUUGGCGUCACCUUAAAUCGAUACUUAAUGAUGAUCUUACCCCUCAAGAUCCACUGCUUUUACUCAAAGAGACGAACAUACUGGGGCAUAUUUGCAAUUUCGAUGUUCUCCUUUUUGAUUAAUAUACCACAUUUCUUCACCUAUCACCCUAAAGAAACAAAUGGAACAUAUAUGCUUGCAUUUACUGACUAUGGUGAAUCGCAAGGAUCGAUUAAUUAUGAGUUCUGGGUUCACUGCAUGCUUCUUGUUUUAUUGCCAUUCUUUUCAAUUGCCUUUUUGAACAUAUCUUUGGUGUAUUUGGUACUGAAAAGAUUAAAAAAAAUGAAAAACAGCGCAGAAUCUAAAAUCUUAAAUGCAAACGAGACCAGAGAAAGACGAAUGACUCUCACUUUGUUGUCCAUUACAUUCACGUUUCUGGUUCUACUGGCAUGGCAAUGUGUUGCACAAUGCUUUUGGAUGUUAAGUCUUCGAAAAGCAGAUAAAAAUAGUUCAAGAUGGAAUCAGAUUGAUAGUUCGUUCGCAUUUGCAAAGAUCAGUAUUAUCAUCAAUUGCGCGAUUAACUGGAUACUCUAUUGCCUAACAGGUACAAUGUUUAGAAAAGAACUCAUGAGGCUGAUAUGCGGAGAACGUCAAUCUCCUCAGACAUCAACAGAAAAAUCUUUUCCUGGUAAAGAUAAAUGUUCUGUAGAAACAGACACUAAAUAAAUUGUUAGCACUUUUAACUUUUAGUUUGAGUAAAUGUUUUAAGGAGUACCAGUAGAGGGUUGAAAAUAAUACGUGAGACGAAACUGAUAAUAUUAUUUAAAUUUGAAAGAAUCUAUGCAGAAUAUGGAACAGAGGUUUCUUGUUAACACAAUCCUGUCCGUUUUCUGAUAAUGAUUUACGCAUUGACUUCACGCUAACCGUCUGAUGGAAACGACAAUUGUCCACAAAUAAUAAUUAGUCAAUUGUGAAGAUUAUUGUUUGACAAGCACAAGUAUCGUUUUGCACACUUAUUUUUUACAACAAUCACCGAUUGGUUCACCUAAAGAGUCAGAUCGUCGAACAAAAAUAAAAGUAGCAAAGUAAUGUAAUGGAACAUUUGAAAGUUGUAAUGUUUUAAAUAGUCAAAAAGACUUGUAUUUUUAUACGUUUUGUUAUAACUUUAUUGUGUUUAUAGAAAAAAGUGCCUUUGUAUCUGUUUCCUCCAAGAUCUGUCUAACGUGCUCUGAAAUAAUACCAACAACGAGAGUCUUAACCCUUAAAUUACGCAUUUGUUUAUGAUAAAUUUGGCCAAUUUUAUUAAAAAAAUAGUUAGCUUUAAAAAAUUUGAGUUACAAUUGAUGGCCAAAGAUGGUUUAUGUUUAGUACUGAUGAGAAGCCCAAUUCAUUCUCUUUAUAAUAGAAGGAAAGAUCUUUUAAACCAACAUAGUCUACUUAGUCCUUUAAGGUUUUUGCUUGAUUGUUUGACUGUGGAUUUGCGUGUUCACUCGUCUAGUUAAGACAUCUUUUCACUCGGUCGUUUAUGGUCGUAGCUUCCAGUGUUUAGAGAACCGAUAUAAACUAAAGAUUGCAGUGUUGUCAGAUUUUUGAUUGGUUGUUGAGAAAGAUGUCCUUCUGCAGAUGGUUGGGAGUUACUUCUCUCAAUUGUUGUAUCUGCCAAA